GGGCUGGCUCCGGGGCUGUCCCCAAUGUGUCCCCAACGCCGGGGCUGGCUCCGGGGCUGUCCCCAAUGUGUCCCCAAUGCCGGGGCUGGCUCCGGGGCUGUCCCCAGCGUGUCCCCAACGCCGUGUCCCCGCAGCGAGCCCGGCUUUGCCCGCCUGGCGCAGAUGGUGCUGGAGUACGAGCACCCCCUCAAGAAACUGCCCGAGGAGUUCGGGCCCCACACCAAGACCCUGAGCCAGGCGCUGCUGUCACUGCGGGUCCCGUUCGAGCGGCGCUGCCGGAACGCGGAGCUCUGGCGACAGGAGCAGCUCCUGAGCCUGCUGGGACCUGCUGGGGACAUGCUGAGCCCGGCCACGUGUGACAGCAUGGCCUGUGAGUACCUGUCCCUGGAGGUGAUGGAGCGCUGGAUCAUCCGUGAGUGCUGCCACCGCCCCGGGGUCCCCAACGGCUCCUGGCCAGUGUCCCCAACCCUCUAUGGGCAGUGUCCCCAACCCUCUAUGGCCAGUGUCCCCAACCCUCUAUGGCCAGUGUCCCCAACCCUCUAUGGCCAGUGUCCCCAACU